ACCACGUGACUUCGUCGCGGGUAACUUGGAUGGAAAAACAUGGCAGACACACGCGUCAAAAUCAUAAAACUUUGAAAGAACGAGUUUCAGACCGAAAUAAGACAUUUGUUUUACAUUUUGAAUUGAUAAGAAGGUGUAGUAGAGUAGUAGACAAUAUGGCGUCAUCUUCACCAUUUCUACAGAACAGCAACUUUGAAGAACAAUGUGAAAAUUUGAUUACAAAUUUUUAUGAAGAAGAACAUAUCGUCGGGAAAAUAGAGUUUUUGACAUCUUUGACACUUGAAGUUCUUCCGAACAUCUCAUUAUUUGAAGUUGAGGCAUUAUAUUUAACAAGAGUUGUUCCAAAAGUCUGCGAGUUUGUUCUAAAUAUUUUAAUGAAGAUUACAAAUCAUGUAAGAAGUAUUACCAACAAUUCUUCUGAAAAUGAACAGCUUAUAAAAGAAAUACAUGAACAUUUGAAGGGCGUUAUUAAUUUCAUGGAAUGCCUUGAGAGUACUACAUCACACAUCUCAAAGCUGGCUCACAAUCAGUUGUCCAUCAAACAAAUCAAUUCUUUGCAUCCUGGUGUGUUUAAGAUUAUUUCAGCUGCUUUURCUCAUUGUAAGGACAGCGAAUCACUUUACAAAAUGUUUUUCCAAAACUUUUCUGAAGAUUUGUCAAACUUGUUCAAAAAGACUUUUCAACUCCAAAAGGCUUUGAUGGAACUUAUAGAAAAGGUCCUGUUAGACAAUAAUUCUGAUGCAGAGGAAGUGAAAGAAAUGACAGGAGUUUGUCAUGAUCUUCUACACAUUUCUAUACUUAUUGGAGAUAUUGAUGUUGGUCUUCUCGUAAACACAUGGAAGGCUCUUAUCAGACUUGUCACAAAACACAAAGCUAUUAUCAAGAAUGACCUGCAUUUGGAGAGAUUUAUAAGCCAUUUGUGUGAAUCUAUAAAGUCUAAGAUGAUGAAGUGCUUAUCCAUGGCUGAGGUGAAAGAAGGACAAAGCACAGACGAUAUUGAGCUCAUGAACUCUAUUGAGGCAAAGUCAUUUUCAAAGAUGGUUCGUGUGGUUAGGUUUCUCAUGGGGAUCCUUAUGCAGAUUGUGAAGGAAUAUUGUGACAUGCUCUGUGGAACUGUAUCAGAACUACUGACAUUAUUGAUAUCACUGUACAGUUCUGUACCACCAAGUUUGUCUGCACCAUCCAUUAUUCCCUCUUCAUUGCCUGAAAUAUCUGCAUCUGUKCUUGUUAUGAUUCAACCGCUUCUAAAAGUUCUUAUCAUUAAUAAAUCAUUUGCAAAGUGUUUGACAAAGAAAGCAUUCAUAAUAGACAGGAGUGUCAAUGGUUAUGGACAAUGUAGAGUCUUACUGGACAUAGCAGCCAUUUUACCUGGACAACCUGAUGGAGUUCUUAAUUUGUGGAUGAAUCCAACCAACUUCCCAGAGGAGGAACCAUGUUUUACAUUGCUCCACGCUGUAAUGGAAGUACUCAAAAAAUGUGUAUUAGAGACCAACCUACCAGUCUAUGUCGAUGGCAUUAUGUGUGCUGGGAAACCAGCAAGGAGUGUGAGUUUUUAUGAGUAUGCAGUAACACAUUUAUCAGCUUUGAUUGCCUGUAGUCCAGCAUCUUGCUUUCAUCUUGUGGAAAAAUGUCUUCUUGAAUGUCUUUUGGGAAGAGAGUUUCUGUCCACCCUCAUGGCAAUUGAUCUGUGGACAUUCAUGGCCAGAUGGGAAUCUGCAGAUCUGUGUUCAAAACAUGUACAUUUUCUUUUAACUUUGGUGAAUCAUCUUCCCUUUGGUAGUCCAACUCACACUAAUGUGUCUAUGCUUGUAAGACGCUUAGCAUGCCUCAUGGCUAAAGAUCACCAGGAGAAGUUACUUGUCAGCUUUCCUCCAUCAAAGUCUGAGCAUCUUCUGCUGUGGUCAGUUCUUCCUGUUAAGGCGUUCCCUGAGAAUGUUCAAUCUAAGGUAUGCAGGGUGGCUGUACCAGUUUGUAUAAAACAAUGCAACAAUAACCUUCAUGACAUGUUACCUGCACUGUGCUGCCUCAAGUCCAUCUAUCGUAUUGAUGAUGUUAAACGUCUUGUACCCCCCGUCCAUCAUGCUGCGGUGAUUGAUAUUAUUACUUCAACAUGGAGCAAGUUUAACCAGCAAACAUUUCAGCCAACUGAAGAUGUGUGGCUGGAAAUUAUUGAACUGGCUGGUAUUCUACUUCCUUACAUCCAGCCAGAUCAUUAUGCAAAGAUUCUACGUUGUCUUGACAACCUUCUAAACCAGUUCAAAUCAGUUGAACUUAAAGUUGCCAUUGCUCAAUUUCUUGGUAAAUGUGGAACAAAGGAGGUUUUGCCUGAUUCUGAGAUUGGGGUGUUUGGUGCAAUAUCUGGUCUGUUUUCAUCUCUUGUCAGUGAUGAGUCUUGGCUUGUCUAUCAGAUAUCACUACAGUCAGUUAAAGCCUUCGCUGAGGUAACUCCGUAUACCCACAUUAUGGGUGACUGUGUACCUGAACGAUUGCUACCAAGUCUUUCUGAUUUUCUCAGUAAUGUACCCUACAAGCAACAAGAAUUAUCCCCAAAUAAAAUUGUGUGGCUUGGAGAUCUACUAAGGUGUCAAAUACAGGACAAAGAAGUAGGAACGAAUAGUAAACAAAGCGAUAUAUGCACAGCUUUAGAUGAACUUGCUGUUUCAAACACGUUGGAGCCGGACAGGAAAAGAAUGAAAUGCGAUGACAACAGUCAGGACAAAGAAGUAGGAACGAAUAGUAAACAAAGCGAUAUAUGCACAGCUUUAGAUGAACUUGCUGUUUCAAACACGUUGGAGCCGGACAGGAAAAGAAUGAAAUGCGAUGACAACAGUCAGGACAACCCUCAUUAUACCAAAAUUCUACUUGCGAUAAGAAGUCAAGUUGACGAUCUAUAUCAUUUGCGCACAAAAUAUUCUCCAAAUGAGGCCGUUAUGAAGGACCUUCAGGACAUUCACACGAAGCUAACGAACUUUAUCGAGACAGCUAAGGUCAGUCAUAACGUUUCUAAAUGACCAAGAGGACUGGAUAGGAAUUGCUGGAACGGUCGUCGAAGCUCAGUAACUAAAUAUAUAAAUAGCAUUAAAUUGUUAUGCUGGUAAAGGUUUCGACGCACGGCGAUGACUAUGAUGGCGGUAAUGAUAACGUUGAAAUUUAGGAUGAUGUUUCAAUUUAUGAACAUAAUGUUUGUAAUGUAAAGUUUAUAUUUAAACCUUAAAGACCUUUGUGCGUCUAAGAAUCUUAACGUGAUUUUCUCACGAAAAUUCGCGAUCUUUGGCUGUUUUAUACCAAUCAGAAAGCAACUUUUAAGAAACGAUCGCAAAGGCUCUUGGGUGCACUUGGGACUUAAAUGAAAAGUGAAAAAGUUAAAAAAAUCAAUUAAAAUAAGGUCUGGUACCAACUAGUAGUCCUCUAACUCAUAUUCAACAGCUUAGAAACAAAAACUCGCAUGUAUUUGUACGACAGCGCGCCAGAGUUGAUACCUGGUCUUCAACUAUAAUCAAUAUCUCUAUGGAUAAAGAAACUAACAUUAAGGAUCUUAAACAAAGUCACUUAGCCGCUAAGGAGACGACGGGUGUGAUCGGUUAACUCAUUUAUCAAAGUAUAUUUCCUYUUUAUCUUAUGAGUGAGGAAGUUCUCCAAAUAAUAGGGCUAGACACAAGUUAUAUGCUUUUCUUAGAACACCUAGACUUGAUACAUCGCCCUUAAGGUUUUUUUUUUUUUGUCUAAAUAUUCAAACAUUUCAGUAAAAGCACUUAGGAAAGCUGGGUUUGAGAUAAUGAAGUAAGUGCAGAAUAUUUUUGUAAUUUGAGGAAGACAAAUGGUGAUAUGUUUUAAURUCUAAAAUGACUGCCAUUUACUUAAAAGUGCGGUCAUUUCGAAAAUAAGAGACAGUGGUCUACCCUUGGGAAGUGGAUGAAAAAAAAAUUAAAUGAAUAGGAAAAUUGGAUUGUUAAAMUGASGAGUAARAGCUUUUAAAUUCGUUCUUUCAAUGRACAUUAUUUCCUCAUACAUUUAGGUACUCGGCUAACUAAGCUGGUAAACAACAGAUACGUGUUUAAACGAUCGGUCCUCUGUUAACGAACGCCUAGUUGUGUAUAGCACAUAAUAUCGACCAAUUCGCAAGAUGUCGGAGCAGUUUGAAAAUAGCAAUUGCUCGGAACUGAACAAUUACAACUCCAUCACGGAAAAAAGCUUUCGCAUCACUGCUUGGACAAGAAGCUAGUAAAUUGCCUCAUUUAAAAAAAGAAGUCUUUGCGGUCGUUUAAACGAGGUUUUCUUAUCAUAAGCAGGUGCUCUUUAUCAUAAGUACAUCGGAUUCUUGUUUUUUUAGUUGUUUAAUGUCGUAUAAUGGUUGGCCCUCCAUCAACGAGUGUAUGUCCUCAUAAAUUGAACAGUCGUUUAAACGGGGUUGCUGUUUUUUUUAACACAUGACUCUUUUCUUGCGUUACAGUAUUACCUCUAUUAAGCGACCGCUCGGUUUAAUCGAGGUUUUUCGUUUUUCCACCUUGCCUCUUUAUUGCCGUACAAUGAUACCCAUAUUUACCGGACACUUUGGUUUACGCGAGGCUCUUGUUUUUCACAGAUGUCCUUGUUUAUUUACCAUAUAAGCCAUGUUAAGAUUAGCGCGACUUGUUUUAGUCAGYUAUCUUCUGUGUGGUUUACAUCAUAUCUAUAUUGAGAUCAAACCGCGUAAAAGGUUUUUUUUAUACAAGCAGGCGGAGACAUAAUAAGAGCGAAAAAAAUAUUGAAUUUGAAUGUGAAAGAAAGGGAAAACGAAAAUUUAAUAAAACAGUAUUGGAAACAACGAAAAGAAUUUCGAAAGAGAAAACAUUACGAAGGAGAUAAAGAUGUAGCCAGGGCUACUUUGAUGUAGUAAAUAUAUAUGUUAUGACUCCAUGCUACGAAGCUACGAAGAAGGAAAGGAAAAGAUGAGAUGAGAUGGAAUGAGGAAAAAUGAAGAAAAAAUAUAGCGGUGAAAUAAAAGACAUAUAUUAUAACAACCUCGUUAUCUUAAUUCUGUUUUUUAAGACAAUAUGACCAYCUUAAUAGACUAAUUUUUGUCCUCUGUUAAUUAUUAAUUGAUAACUUUCUUAUCAGACACGCAAUUUUCAUGCCUAAGGCUUAGAAACUUAAACGGGGCUCCUGUGGUAGACGUAGCACAGGAAGCCCAAAAGCUAAAAAUGUUCAUAAUUGGUGGUAAUAUUUACAUGACAAAAGUAACCCCCUCGUGGAGUUUAUAUAAAGUUAUGACUUCAAACACGUUUUGAUUCUUUGGCGAGUUGUUUUGCGAAGGGUAUCAAUUUCCAAAGAUAGUUUAGCAGAAAAUCCCCUUUUGACUUUUCUGAUUUCAGAUUGUAAAUCCGGAUCACAUCUUAUUUAAAAUUUGCGAUUUAUGGUAAGAAAGCGGAAAUAUAACCAAUUUAUUUUCCUGUCUAGAAUUCUUCUUAAUGAAAUGUUUCAAUUUCUUUUCUGCUUGUAAACUUUACUUUAAUAAACAAAGCU